GUGGGAUGAUUGGGGUAGAGGAUAGGGGAUAGGUUGGGUGGAGGAUAGGGGAUGAUGGUGGAUGAUGGUGGAUGGUGGUGGAUGAUGGUGGGAUGAUGGUGGAUGAUGGGUGUAGGAGAUGGGUGGUCGACUAAUGGGCCAGCAGGGGGAUAAGGGCACAAGUCAAGGGGUGAGGUGGAAUUACCCAGAGAUCAUUCCUGCUGACGAUGCCUUCAGAUAUCGCCCUUCGAAUACCCUCGCCGACGAGGGCCUCGUCAUAAUGCCGUUUCAUGGCCGCUGUAUCGAUUCCCCGGAAGCCGGCUUUGAUUGCUUCAUAGACGAGGUCGGCGGUGCGGUCUUUUUUCCAGGCUGUGCCGUAGAUAAGGGAUGGCAUUUUGGGGAGGGAUAGGGGCGGUUCUGAGGUGGACAUGGUGGCCAGGGUUCUUGGGUGACGGUGAAUGGGAAAGCUAUGAAGUGGCGGGACGAAACGGUUGGGUGUCAGAAGGGUUGGUGGUUUGAGGCUUGAAAAGGAUGAACUUGUCGGAAACAUGUCUUUUUCACUGUGUGUCUUUGAAUGGGAAGUUGUGAAGAUCCCAGGACGGGAAGGUACAACUCAAUUGAUUGGUCAAAGCUGAGUGGUGAGGGGAAGCUGUUGACAGGUUUAUAUCGAGCUUUUCGAGAUAAAUUUUUGACAAGACAGUGUCCAUACGCUUCCGACCUAUAGCUUCCCUUUCCAUAUCGAUUUCUUCAACUCCAUCGUCCGCAAAAAAAUGUUCUGUUGAAUAAGUCAAGAAUGACGUCGUCUAGGCUUUUGAUGCACCUUCGCCAAUCGGGAGCCGGGAGCUUUCUGUCCGCCAUGUCUGCUGGGAUCAUCCUGGGCACGGGAAUGGGCGGGAUUCAAUUGGCUAAAGAAGCUGUGGUGGAUCCCUACCCACCUGGGAGAGCUUCCUCAGUGCGGGACAGGUGCCGCAGUUUUGGGUGCGUAUUUCGGCGAUUUACCCGUCAGCGCCGUCGCUGCCCCGCCAUGAGGAUGGAGGGGAAGAUGGCGCGAGGUUGGACACGCCGGCUACGGGCUUUGCUUCAAAAGGACUUCAAGCCAGCGUGGUUUCUUUUCUCUUUGUCGUCUGUGUCUGUAUUCACUUGUCAAAGCUUCAUUGGCAUCACCAGCACACCAUGUCGUCUCCGUAUACUGUGAGGUGGGGUAUUCUGGCCACCGGCUGGAUUGCUGAGACCUUCACCAAGGAUCUCCUCACUAGCCCAGCUUCCCGUGAUGUCCAUGAUGUGCGCCAUGAGGUCGUUGCCGUGUCCUCGUCCAGCUCCAAGGAGAGAGCUGCCGAGUUCAUCAAGAAGGUGGAUGCUCCCAGCUCAGCAAAGGCCUAUGGUUCUUACCAUGAGCUGGUAGCUGACCCCGAUGUCGAUAUCAUCUAUGUUGCUACACCACACAGCCACCACUUCCAAAACGCCAUGCUUGCCCUCGAUGCGGGCAAGAAUGUGCUCUGCGAGAAGUCCUUGACUGUGACUGCUGCCCAGACCCGCAAGCUCAUCGAGACUGCUCGCUCCAAGAACCUCUUCUUCAUGGAGGCUGUGUGGACUCGCUACUUCCCCCUGAGCAUCAAGGUCAGGGAGUUGAUCACAUCCGGUGCCAUCGGCAACGUGUACCGUACUAUUGCCGACCUCUCUGUUGGCCGUGAUGCCCCCGAGGGCAAGAUUGACUUCCCCGAUGAGAACCGCAUGGUCAACGCCGACUUGGCCGGCGGUGCUCUCUUGGAUCUUGGCAUUUACGCCUUGACUUGGGUCUUCCAGUCUCUGUACCACACCCAGCCUGAAGCAGAGAAGGAAGCGCCCAAUGUCAUCGCUGCCGUCAACAAGUACCACACUGGUGCUGAUGAGACCACCAGCAUCAUCCUCCAGUUCCCCAAGCACAAGAGCCACGGUAUCGCUCUGACCUCUCUUCGGGUGGCCUCUGAACCUGACAACAAGGACACCGCCGGUGCCUCCAUCCGCAUCCAGGGCGGCCUUGGUGAAAUUCAGGUCGUUGGGCCUGCCUACCGCCCACGUCAGCUGAGAGUCAUUACCAAGGAGAGCGAUGGCAAGGCCGAGGUCAUUGACUUUGCCAUCCCCAAGGACAAGGAGCGUGACUGGGGCCACGGCAUGUUCUGGGAAGCUGACGAGGCCGCCCGCUGCCUGCGUGACGGGCAGAAGGAGAGCAAGACUCUGCCAUGGAGCGAGAGCAUUGUCAUCAUGGAGGUCAUGGACGAAACCCUGAAGCAGGGCGGUGUGACAUACCCCGAGUUGAUUUCGACUGACGUCUUUGACCCCCAAAGUCCUCUCAACACUGGAAAGAGGUAAAAUCCCAAGAAGAGAUUGGGGGUUGGGCUGGUAUCUCUGCUUUGUGCCUGAACUCACAGCCUUGCUGCUGGCGCAUUCUGGCAUCGGGCAGGCUUGUGGUAGGUCGUACGGGAAAGCUGUUGGAACUAGAGACUCAGCAUUAGGUCUUUGUCAUUCACCCCACGACGCGAGGCUAUGAUGCCCAAGGAUGGCAUACAGAAGAGGGAUGGGGGGACGCGGGAUUUGGGCUCGGAAAAUUUAGCCCGAGCCUGGCGCAGCUGGGCUUGGUUUAUCUACCAACCAGAGGUCUGUGUAGUCCAAAUGUACCUUUUACCAAUUCACCCCUUGCCGUCUUUUUUCUGUGAAA